CAAGACCAAUGCCUUCGUUUCAUUUUUGAUACUCGGUGAACAAGGAGGAGAUAAGUAUCUAAACUUUCAUCUUUAUUAGAUUCAGAACAUAUCGUCUCGGAAUCUUUCCAAAACAUUCUACUGAAGAAUAAAACUUGGGAAUUCUAAAAUAUCUUGAAAAUGUAUGACAUUUUUCUCAUACUGCGUUUCUCUAUGGGUCUUACGUUACUUCCUAUCCUGAUUAAUUGCCAAGAUCGUGUAAUAUUUCGGGAGGAGAAUACAUCUGCUAUAGAAAACCAAACUAAUUAUUCGGAACCACAAAAGAUACCUGAGAAACUGCUAAUACAGAUGAAAAAUGUUCGAAGCUUCUCUGACUUCAUGAACCGUUAUGUUAAAAGAGAUUACGAUUUCGAAGACCCUAGAAAUAGAACGAGUAUCUCGAGUCGAAGAGCCAUGUCUGCUGGAAGAGCGUUAGCUACUGCAUUCGUUGACGGAUACUGCCAACCUGAACUACGAGUUGUAAAGCUAGAAGAGCUAUUAAUGAACAGCAGUGUGUUCAUAUGGCCGACAUGUGUUCGAUUACGACGGUGCAAAGGCUGCUGUACCAGUAAAAGGCUUAGUUGCCAUCCUACCGCUGUCUCCAUUGUCAAUAUAACAAUUCCAUUCUUCACUUUCACUCCUUCAGACACACUACGAACUUUUGAAAUGCGCGGUACUCGUAUCUUUACCUUGGAACAACAUGAUAGAUGUGGAUGUGAUUGCACGGAAUUGGAAAAGGAUUGCACACCUAAUGUACACGAAUACCGAAAUCAAGAAUGCAGAUGUGUCUGUAAAAAUCUGGACCAACAAGUUGCAUGCCAAGGUUAUUCUAAAAUUUGGAACAACAGAAACUGUUCAUGUGAAUGCCGACAUAGUUUAACAUGCUCAACAGGAUUUUAUUUUAAUUCUGAAACCUGCAGAUGUGAAGAAAUAUGAAAUACUUUGAGGGAAGAAAGCGUCGACGUUUCGUUAAAAAAUGUUUUUAAAUGGAUCAUCACAUCUUCAACAGAUAAAUAAUAAAAUCAUAUAAUUUCAUAGCCA